UACUAUAACGAGAAAAUGAAACUCAAGAUUACAACUUAUGUUUAAAAUAGGUCGUAUUUUUUAAUAUAAUUUAAUAUAAAGCCAAGUUCAUGCAUAACAGCAUAUAGUAUACAUAUAUUGUUGAUAACUUCACGCCAAUAUUAGUUUCAACGACGCGUACUUAGUAAUCACUUACAAUAAUUUUUAAUAUUUAAAUUUGUAAAAUAUUCUUAUAUCACUGUUUUUCAUUAUAAAUUCCUCUUUUAUAUAUAUAUUUUUUAAUUUUAUGUAAAUCAAUUUAUAUUAUAUUUAAAUUUUAUUUCAAUCUCAAUUUAUCAAUCUCUUUGUCAACGAUAAUAUGAAUUUUUAUAUAGUAAUCUGAAGUGAGUGAAAUUUAUUGUAAUCACAUUAUAGAAAAAAAAAGAGAAGUACAAUUUUGGCAGUGAGUAAUAAACGUGAGGAGAAGAAUGUUAAAAGAAAGACAGAGAUAAGUACCAAAUUCACGGUACUAUUGGCAAUUGCGUUUAUGUGUGUGACUUUAUGGCAUUUGUGUCAAAUUUAGUAGAAGUGUUGAUUAUACAACUAAUAUAUUCAUAAUGGAUUUUAAAUAAAUACUAAUGUUAAAAAGAGUAUCGUUUAGUGCCAAUAUCCAUGUAUAUAUAUUUAGAUAUAUAUAUACAUAUACACAUAUAUAUAUAUAUCGAAGAAAUCUCAUGCUGAAGAAUUUAUGAAAAUAAUACUUCUAGGGAAUCUGUUUAGAAUUUGAACUUGAGUUUUAUCCAUAUAAUUCAAGGGCGCUCUAUGCUGCGCCAUCAAGCUUUACUGUUUUUUAUUUUUCUGGGUCCUUCUUCUCGCUGAAUUCGCCCAUAGGAGGCGCUUUCAAUGAUCAGUACGAAGAAGAGCGUACGAGAAGAACGAUGUUGUAACUAACGGCCAAAAUGGAAGAGCAAAGCGUUCACAGCAGUAUCAGUGAUAUAAAUAGUGAAGAGGCAGUUAGAAGUGAACUUAUGAUUAUACCACGUAAGAAAAGGAUAUGUUUAGUUGGUGCAGCUGGGGAUGAUCCUGCACUUGGUGCUGCUGCUCAGCAGUUUAGUGUACCUGUUCUUAAAUCUGAAACUGGUUUAGAACAUAUAGAAGACACAACAUAUUGUACUUAUUUUAUAUUGAAAGAAUUUGAGGGACCUGAGUAUGAUGCUCUUCAUAAAAGUGCACAUAGAAUAUUGGGACCUACAGCACUGCUGCAGUUGGCAGAAAAAAAGGACUCAUUACCUAGUAUUAAUAGACCAAUGUAUACACAAGCCAUGGUAGGCACAGUAGUAGUGUUUACUGGAUUUAGAAAAAAAGAUGAAUUGACGAAGUUAAUCAAUAUGAUUCAUAAUAUGGGUGGGAGUAUAAGAAAAGAAAUGGGUGCAAAAGUGACGCAUCUCAUUGCUAAUUGUUGCGGUGGAGAUAAAUACAGAUAUGCUGUUACAUUUCGAGUCCCUAUUAUGUCAAUGGAAUGGGUGGCAGCAUUAUGGAAUGCCAAAGACGAUAUUUCCAGUUAUGGAAAUAAUGAAGAAUUGAUUACUACUUAUAAGUUAAAACCAUUUUUUGGUGCAAGAGUAUGUUUCUUUGGUUUCCCUGAAGAAGAAAAACGUCACAUGUGCGAAGUUUUGCAACAACAAGGUGGUGAAUCUACAGAAAUUGAUGAUCCAAAUUGUACACAUGUGGUAACAGAUAUAAGAAGUCAUCAAUACAAGAAAUCAAAUAAUACUUUUGACACGCUACCUAAUAUUAAAAAUCCAAAUUAUAUUCCACAUUAUUAUGUAAAAACAAAACCAUUUUCCUUUACUUUUUACAAUCCAUAUACUAAUACAAUUCCUAAUAUAAAAAUGAUAAAUUCUUCGCAUAUUACUCAUGUUAGUAAUACAAAAUUGGAUAAAAGAAUGAAUACCAAUCAUUGUCCAUAUUGUUUAUGCUCUUAUAUUUCUCAACAUCUUGAACAGAAAGAAAAUAAACAUAUUUUAAAUGAUAUUAGUCAAGAUUCAGCAAUUUGUAUGGAUGAUAAUUUAUAUGAUUAUCCAAGUUUAUCAGAUAAAUCUUGUAAUGUAUCUGAAUUUUCUAUAGAACGAUCUGAUUCUGCUGUUAAUAUAUCUAACAUAAUACAAGUAAAUAGUACAAAUGCAUUACAACAAAACAAUUUUCCUGUUACUAAUUUAUUAAAACAAUAUGAACUAGAACUCAAUGAGUCUCUUUCGUAUGAUUCACCUACACCAAUGACAAAAAACAAAAAUUGUUUAAAUACAUGUAAAUUAAGCUCUUCUAUUUUGUCAAAGCUUAGUCAUUUAAAUUUUUCUCCAAUGUUUAAACAGUAUGUUCUUAAUAAUCCAUGCCAACAUAUUCUGGAAAUGCAUCAAAAACAAAAAUAUACUCCUUUACCUAGUCCUCUUCCCAUUCCUGCUAAGGUAGCAAAAUUAUCAAAUCCUGAAUAUGGUUCAAGAAGUACUUUUACAUCUGAUGAAAAUUAUUCAAAUAUUUCUUCUAAAAGUUAUACUUUGAAAGGUGAUCAUAUGAAAUUGGACAAACAGAAGGACAAACCAUUAUUUUUGGUUGUGGAUGAAUCAAAUGUAAAUGCAUUGCCAGAUUUAGCUUCUGUGAGAGCACAUAUUGUAAAAGCUGAAUGGUUUUGGACGUCUGUGCAAAAUGAAGGUGCAGCUGAUGAAAAAGAAUAUUUAUUUGAAGAUUAUCUAGAAUCCGUUUUGUCACCAACUGUCUCAGCUAGACGUGAUAGUCAACAAGCUGCUACUCCAAGUACAGCGUCUACAAGACGAAAGCGUAAACGCUUAGCAGAGACUUUAUCUAGUCUGGUUCAAAAUGGUGCAGAUUCUCCAGCAUUGCAUAAAAGACGAUCCAGCAUCAGUGAUGCAGGACAUUUAAGUGUUAGUGGAAGUUUUCUUGAUUGCACAACAAGUCCAGACAAACCAUUACUUGAUGAAGUGGAAGCUGUUAAUACGGAUAGCUCUAGGAAAAAUUUAUCACCACGUCAUCAAGUUUUCUUAGAAUUAGUGCAAACAGAGUCUAAUUAUGUUGGUAUUCUCAGUACAAUUAUGACGUUGUUUAAAUUUCCAUUAGAAGAUCUCAUAGAUACAACUGGCGAAUUAUUAAAUGGUACAGAAGCUAAAAUUAUAUUUGGUAAUUUUCCGCCCAUUUAUGAAGUUCAUAAAAAAAUGUUGGAAGAAUUGAGAUAUAGUGCUACUCACUGGAUGGAGGACAUUAGUAUAGGUAAUAUAUUUCUGAAGUUCGCACCUGACCUAGUCAAGGCGUAUCCACCGUAUGUCAACUUCUUCGAAAAUACAAAGGAGAUGCUCGAUCAGUGUGAUCAAAACAAACCACGAUUUCAUGCUUUUCUAAAGGUUUGUCAGACGAAACCUGAAUGUGGCAGACAAAGCUUGAAGGAACUAUUAAUUAAACCAGUACAAAGGUUACCCAGUAUUAGUUUAUUAUUAAACGAUAUCCUUAAACAUACAAAUAAAAAUAAUCCAGAUCAUAGCGCAUUGGAACUAUCGAUUAGCAGUAUUAAAGAAGUCAUGACUUACAUAAAUGAAGAUAAAAGAAAAACUGAAGGUCAAUUAGUUAUGUUUGAUAUUUUCAAUGAAAUUGACAAUUGUCCACCGCAUUUAGUUUCUUCGCAUCGAUCAUUUAUUGGCAAAUGUGAUGUAAUGGAACUCAGCGAGGGUUUAAGUGGACGUGGUGACCACUUAGUUUUAUUUUUGUUUACCGAUACACUCGAAAUAUGUAAAAAAAGAUCAAAAGCUUUUAAUUCAUUAAAAAGUCCUAAUACAGCAAAUGGAUUGCAUACAACUAAAUUGAGUCAAGGAAAACCUUAUAAACAUAUAAAAAUGUUAUCACUUAGUACGAUAAAAAAAGUUGUAGAUAUACGAGAAACGGAUGAAUGUCAUAAAGUAUUUGCUUUAAUGGUAAGAAGUAAUCAAGAAUUGAAGGAAAAAUUAUUUUCAUUUACAAUUACUGAUGAGGAUGUAAAUAAAACGAAUUAUUUACGAACCUUAUGUAGACAAAUGGCUAAUACAGUGUGUAAAGCUGAUGCGGAUACGUUCCUGAUAAGUCUUGAUUCGCAUCAACUUGAAAUUGAUACAAGUGACGUAGCAUUAGGAACAUUAAGUAAAGCAUUUAAGAGCCUAUUUCAUAAUUUUUACCUGGAGUAUAUGGACCCGUAUGUGUUCCUACUCAAUAGCAUGUGUGAAACCACGUUACAUGUCCCACUACCGUUUGCAUCUCGUACAAGGAUGAAAGUCGGUAGAGCGUUUAGUUCUAACAAAACUCCAAGCAAAUUAAAAAGAGCAAUGUCAACAAUGAUGUCACCAUUUGGAUCAACCAAUAGUCUUACCCCGGCAAGUCAACAACUUUCACAGAUGCGACUCGCUAGUUGUAACAACAUUAACGAGCUGGGUAAUGGUGGUUCAGGCUCGCCAUCUAGAGAUGAUGUUCUAGUAGCACCUAUGUCGGUUCAACCGACACGAAAGGCCAAAUGCAGUUCCCUCAGUAUGGCUUCAUUGAGAAGAAAUUGUUCAGAAGAAGUCAUGCAGGACAAAUCCGAUCUUUGAAGUGCAGAGAAUGAAUAAUUUGCAGCUAUACCAUAUUUUUUUCUUUGACAUCGGCUAAAAGAUUUAGUAGAAAAUUUAUAAUUAUCGACGAAAAGAUACAUCUGUGAGAUAUAUAAUUUAAAUAUCGAUCUAUAAAAUUCAAUUAAUUGCAAAAUAUUUGUACGAAACGUAAAUACAAAAAAAAAAAAAGUUAAUUUAUAAACUUCAAUAAAUGAGUAGAAAAUCUGUCAUGUGCCAAUAUAAGAACGAUAUAGAAUUUUAUAGAAGAGAUGUACAUUGCCAAUUAUUCUUUAAGCAAUUUUACAACUUAUAUAUUAACGAUAUAUCUUAUUUAAUAUCGUGUUAAUCGUUAAUUUUUAUGUAUUACGUGUUUACACACUUAAAAUGCCUGUCUCAGGGAGACAAGUGAAAUUGGUAUAAAAUAAGAAAAGAAGCAUUAUAUUUUGUGCUUAUAAUAUACAUUUUAGAAAAAUUGAAAAUACGAAUAUCAAUUUUGUGCCAUUUAAUCUUGUUCUAUAAAAUAUAUUUAACACUUAUUACAAUAAAUUUAAAGAUAACUUGUGCUUUUUGAAAUUGAAAAAAGUAGUUGUUCAUAAUAUUAAUUUAUUAAACAUUAUUUAUACUUUUUUUUUUUUUUUUUUUUUCCAAGCUUUAAUUCAACUGCCAUGUCUUUUAUCAUAGCAGUUUUAAAAAAAUUAUUAUAUGAAUACGAAUUGCAAUAACUAUGACUAGAUUGCCUUCAGUUCAUUAUAUCUUUUCUUAUUUAAUUCAAAAAUUCUUCCGGUUUUUAUUUUCCUUAUAAUAAAAUUUUUUUCAAAAUAAUUCCUGAUACGUCGAAAUUGCAUAGAUCUAUGAAUGAUACGUUAUAUCAUUGGAAACUGAAACUUUAAAAAUAAAUAUAUUUACAUUUAUUUUUAUUUUUAACAAUUAUAUUUAGAUAAAACUUGAAAAAAGAUAGAAAUGUAGUAAAAGAAAAGGUAAACAUUUUUUUGAUAAACAAUAGACCAGAUUAUUAUAUAUAUAUAUAUAUACAUAUAUAUAUAUGUAUAUACAUAUUUGUAAAAAGCAUAGUAGUAUAUUAGCACUUUAUUAUUGCAAACCUGUCCACCAGCAAGACGUUGAACGAUAAAAAAAAUUUUUUCGGUAUAUACAUAUUGAAUCGUGGACAGGAUUACAUUGCUAUUAUUAUUAUUAUUACUAUUUUUUUUUUUUAUGUUUUCAAUUAUACGCUUAUUACAAUUGCUGAUAUAUAAAAUUUAUAUUACGAUGUAUAUUAAUUGAGCAAAAGUGAAGAGAGUUUUAAUAACUAAACGAAGCAACAAAUUUUUUUUAUUAUUCUUCGUUCGUUGAAUUAAAUAAUUGAAUCUUAUCGUUAAAUCGAUCUAAUGAUUGAAAAUAUCUUAAAAAAAUUUUUUUUUUCCUUCAUCUAAAAUCUUCACUUUUGCUCGGUCGACUAAAAUUCAUUAUUUAGAUGCAAAAAUAUGCAAAAAUGCAAAAAUAUUAUAUUGUUUAAACUAUAUAAAUAUAUAUAUAUAUAUAUAUUUAUAUUCUCUUAUCACAUAUGAAGUAAUUGCAAAUAUGAAAUAUUCUUACAAUUAAUUAUAUAUAUAUAUAUAUAUAUAUAUAUUUUAAGUAAUAAUUCUUAUAAUGAUUUGUAUCAGUAAAAUCGACAAAAAGAACUGAAUUUUCAAAUAUCCCAAAUAUUUUUUUUUUACAAUUCAUUAUAAAUCAUAUAAAAAAAUGGAAUAUUAUAUAAUAUGGAAUAACUCAAAUGGAAAUUAAGAUUUUACAAUCUCUUAAAUGUAAAUACAGUGAUCGUUUUAAAAUGCAUCUUAUGAUAUUAUUAUUAUUAUUGUUAUUAUUAUUAUUGUUAUUAUUAUUAUUAUUAUUAUUAUUAUUAUUACUACUACUACUACUACUACUAUUAUUACUAUUAUUUAUAUAUUACUAUUACUAUUAUUACUAUUAUUAUUAUUAUUAUUAUUAUUAUUAUUAUUAUAAUUAUUAUAGCAUUAUGGUCUAUUCAUAUCGUACAAAAAAUAUUUAUAAAUAUUCCAACUCUGUGCAUAGUUUAAAUAAAUAACGAAUAUAUUCAUAGAAUUUGAACGAUAAUUAUGUUAAAAAUGAUAAAAAAAUAACAUAAUUUUGUUCGUACGUAUUUUAAAAAUCGUUUUUUUCUCUCUCUCUCUCUCUCUCUCUCUCUCUCUCUCUCUCUCUCUCGACUAAACGAGAUACGUGAUAAAAUGAUUCAUAUAUCGCUUCUUAUUAUUUCCUCAUACUCGUAUAAAAUAAUAAGAUAUGAAUUGAAAAUUCGCUUUAUCAAAUUCGCUUACGAAAGUGAUAAAUGAUAUAUUUUUUGAUACGUUACACGUAUCGGAUAAAUAUCGAAUUAUUAAAAAUUUUUUAAAUGUGUUGAAACCACAUACGAAACUAUUUUUGCACAAAAAUUAUUGCCAAUAAAUAGACAUAAAUAUGAUAAUAAUUACGAAAAAGUAAGUGUAUUCGAUAAGAAAAAUCAUUUAAGUGAAAUGUCAAUUAUAUUCAAUGUCUUUGCUAUGAUGUAUAUAUAAACGAAUUACUGUACUCUCUGCAAUUUUUCUCUCACGAUCGACAUUAUUUUUCUAUUAUUAUUAUUUUCGACAACAAGUAAAUUUCUCGACAAAUGAUUAAUGGAUAAAAUAAAAUGAAUGGAUUAAAAAAGGAAAAUAAAUGAAUAAUCUUUCAAUCGAACAAAUGAAAAAUUGCAAGAGAAGUAAAAUAAAAAGUUUGUCAAUUCAUUGGAAAGACUCGUUUAACGAUGUUCUUGCCUUGUUAACUCUUGCGCACAUUUAUUCGCGAGUAACGUGCCUUUAGGUAAUAAGGACCAUAAAGUACCAACAUUUCGAUUUCUUCGUGUCAAAUUAAAAAAAAAAAAAAAAAAUGUUCACGACGACGAUAUUUUUUUAAUUGUUUCGCACUCGAAGUGCUUGUACGCGAGAUUUAUGAAGGGCUCUGGUAGCCCUUCGUACUUUCGACUCUUAAUUUAUAAUAGAUUUUUAGAAUUUCGAUAUAUCAUCCUUCCUAGCGUAGUAUAUAUCGAUAAAUAAUAAAAAAAAACAUAUAUAUAUAUAUAUAAUAAAAUGUAACGAAAAUGAUAUAAAUUAUUUAAAAAUAAUCAUGGAGAAAGCAAAAUUAGAUAAAUUAUUUGAAAAUAAUUAUAACGUACGAUGACUAUGACUAUAUUUCAAAUUUCGAGAUAAAAAUAUCCAUGAAGCGUUAAACAUUCUGUACUUUUUUUUUUUUUAUAAAUUGUCAUAAAUAUUUGAUAAAAUACGUUUCGAUAUUUUAAAUGUCAUAUGGUAUUUUAUGGUUGUAAACGUGACGGUUCCACGGAUCAAUGUGGAUCGAUUGAGCGUUGCGAAUGUUUUUUUCGAUGAUAAAAAUGGAAAAGAAAAUUUCCAUUUCAUCUCGAGGAGCGGGAUAUUAAUAUUGUAAAUAUUAUCGAUAAGUAUGUAACAUUUAAGAUGUAGUAUAGCGCAGAGUUUUUUUACUAUACGUGUAAGAAUAUUCUAAUUAACUUGUAAUGUUGCGUAUAGUCGUUACUAUUUAUAUUACAAUGUAAUUGAUUGUAUAAAUUUACUCUUUAUUAUGUAAACCGAAAA